AACACCAAAUUCCAACUCCACAUUAAGAAACUAACCUUGUUUAAGAAAGAGAGAGAGAAGCACAAAGAGAGUAGUAGAAAAAACUCAUCAGUCAAACACAGAUGGAAAUGGAGAACUUCCCAGUUAUUAAUUUGGAGAAGGUCAAUGGUGAGGAGAGGAGCUCAAUAAUGGGGCAAAUCAAUGAAGCCUGUGAAAACUGGGGUUUCUUUGAGCUUGUGAAUCAUGGCAUACCCCAUGAGUUUUUGGACACAGUUGAGAGGAUGACAAAAGAGCACUACAGAAAGUGUAUGGAGCAAAGGUUCAAGGAGCUGGUGGCAAGCAAAGGUCUUGAUGCUGUGCAAGCUGAGGUCAAUGACAUUGAUUGGGAAAGCACCUUUUACUUGCGCCACCUUCCUGCCUCAAACAUAGCUGAGAUCCCAGAUCUUGAUGAUGAGUAUAGGAAAAUCAUGAGGGAAUUUGCUCAGAAGUUGGAGAAACUAGCAGAGUUUCUCUUAGACCUGCUAUGUGAGAAUCUUGGACUAGAAAAAGGGUACCUGAAAAAAGCCUUUUAUGGACCAAAAGGCAGCCCAACCUUUGGCACCAAGGUCAGCAACUACCCUCCUUGCCCCAAACCUGAUUUGAUCAAGGGUCUCCGGGCCCACACCGACGCCGGUGGCAUCAUCCUCCUCUUCCAGGAUGACAAGGUCAGCGGCCUCCAGCUUCUCAAGGAUGACAAAUGGAUUGAUGUGCCUCCUAUGCGCCACUCUAUUGUCAUCAACCUUGGUGACCAACUUGAGGUGAUCACCAAUGGAAGAUACAAGAGUGUUCUUCACAGGGUAAUUGCACAAACAGAUGGUACGCGUAUGUCUAUAGCCUCAUUUUACAAUCCUGGUAGUGACGCUGUUAUCUACCCAGCACCAGCUCUGGUGGAGAAAGAAGCUGAAGAGAAAAACCAAGUCUACCCAAAAUUUGUUUUUGAAGAUUACAUGAAGCUGUACACUACAGUCAAGUUCCAACCCAAGGAGCCAAGGUUUGAGGCCAUGAAAGCUGUGGAAGCUAAUGUCAGCUUGGGCCCAAUUGCCACAGCUUGAAUUAUACAAUAUGUACUAGCAAAAUAAAAAUAAAAUAACAAGAAAAAAAAGGGGUGUUUUCUAUCUUCUAGCCAUGUUGUAACAUGUUUUAAUCCUUUGAUAUAUAAAUAUGAUGGUAUUGGGGGGGGGGGGUUUGGUGUUAAUUUUAUUAUUUUGUAGAAAGGUAACUAAAGUUGCAAGUUAAUAAUAUAUUUGAAGAUAAAAGGUUUUGUUUA